UGAUGAUGGAAAAUAUUACCGAAAGUUGGACCUAUUAUAUAUACGUGCUGCUGACACUGGUUCCAGUCUAUUUGGCAUUUCAAUUAAUUAAGUUUUUCGGCUGGGAAUUGUUUGUCAACAACUGACACAAACUACAUACAACAACAAUAACAAAUAUAACACAGAAGAAAAAAAUAAAGUGUUUUCAACAGUACCAAAUUGCUGCGUGGAAGCUGAUAAAGCACAAACAAUAAGCUCCAGACGAACAAAAAAUAAAUAAAUGACUCUAAUAACACCUUAAGGAUAAUACGGUACGAUACGGUGAAUACCAGCGAACGGUCUUUGCCGCCAAGUAAUAGCUCACCAUCAACAAUAAAAAUAAUAAAUAUAAAUCAUUUACGGCAUUUAGCGUGCCAAAACAAAAGCAAAAACAAAAAAGCCGAAGUUGAGAAAAAAGUCAAUGUCUUGCUCCCCACUAAAGCUGGAAGGCUAGAAAAAGCACUUGGCAAGCAGCGUGGCAAAAAGAAAGUGCAAAGUAAUUUAAACAAAAAAAAACAAAAAAAAUAAAACCUAAAACAACAAAAACCACUAAUUUCUACGACGUGAAAAAGGUGUGUGUGUAAACUGCUUGUUGUUUGUGUUUUUGUUUUUGUGUGGGAGAGUUGAAAAUUAUUCAGUACACACACAGUAAGCACGCGAGGAAGUCACUCGUCGUCGUCUUACACUGCUUUGGUCGCAACGUAAGUGUUGAAAGCAGCAUUUCCACUACUGGCACCUACAUAAGCGACUGAGCGAGUACAAGUAGGUCUUGGCAGCUGGCAGUUUGGUCUAAGUACAAGUACCAGUACUUAGUUACAUACUUACAUACAUAUUUACACUUACACGGAGUUGACGUUAGCGGCAGUGGCAGCAGGACAGUAAUUUCCUUAGCCUGGAUUUUUUUUUACAUUCUCACACACAGCCACACAUACUCGUACACACGUGCAACAUUCACUUCGUUUGUGGCCGCAGUGCAUGCAAUUCUCACCACAUUGCGUGCAGACAAACAUACAUGCAGAUAUCUGUAUGUUGUUGUAAUUUUUUUUGUUUGGCGCAUUGCUAUGCGCCCGCGUUUGGCAUACAAAUGAAGAAAUAUGAGUGCGCGUUUUUAAACUGAAAAUAUUGUAGAGCAGCACAGCGGUAGCAAAGCAGCAAUAACAAUAAGAAAAACAACAAUAAUAAUAAGAACAACAACAAUAAAAAAAUAAGAAUAACAACAACAACAUUAUUAACAACAAAAACACAUAGCGGCAACAGUGUAAGACCUACACAGUGGGUGCUAAGCGUAUACUAACAAUACCAAAAAAAACACCAGUUUACAACAACAACUGCACGAAAAGUCAAUUCAAGCGCCAUAAAGACAACCCAAACCGCUGGUCCACAGUGACGUCGUUAGCAGCAUUGUCGCCGUUGUCCACAUACUUACACUACACGAGCGCUGUGUUAUAUCCACAUCCGCUGUAGCUGACUACGUCUUCAACUUGUACACCAUCUUCGCCUUCGCCUUCACCCUCAACAUCAUCAUCAUCAUUACCCGGUUCCUAACUCGCCACUGCGUCCGUAUAAUAUUACCAUUGCAUAGCGUGUAUGUGUGUGUGUGAGUGCGCCGCAGGAGCUGCAGCAACGAAGCAAUAUUAGCGCACAAGCAAACGUAGAAAUCAAAUCUCGUGUAGCUUUAAAUGAAAUAUUAAUAUUUGUCAUCAUUCGUUUGGCGAGUUAAGUUGGCUGCAGAACGUUUUUUCCGCCAGCAAAGAAGUCAGUGACGCCGCAGUGUGGGUGACUUGCAAGUUAAAUAUAUUAAGCAAAAGAAAAAAAAAACAGAAAAAAGAAAGUAAAGAGAGCACUAAGACAGGAAGGCAGGAAGUAAAGAGCGCGUUAUACCCGCUACUACAAACAUAACCACUUAACGGACAAGCAUUUAACAAGCACAAGCUUACAAACGAGCACAUACAUACCCUCAAAGAAGCAGGGGUAAAAAUAA